AGGAAGAAGAAGAACGAGAACACACCUACGGAUAAUUUGGAAGAAGAAUUACAACUAACUUGUAAAGACACCUAUGUUGUCUUUUGCGGGCGUUUCCAGAUGACAUUACAUGGUAUCCAUGCCCACUGCAGAUACUCUCAGGAACUUUGAAAUGGUCACAGAGUAAUUUAUAUUCAGCUUUUCUUUUCUCAGCGUAAACAAUUCUAACUUGUAAGUAACAGCCAAAAAAAAACAAAAAAAACCCCAAACAUGUUUCACUUAAUUAAGAAAGACAAGGAGAAGGAAAAGGACUUGGCUAAGAAGGAGAAAAAAGACAAGAAAGAAAAGCGAGAGCGUAUGUCCCAGGCAGAGUUAAAAAGCCUGGAAGAGAUGAGCAUACGUAGAGGCUUCUUCAAUCUCAAUCGAGGUAGCUCCAAGAGGGAAUCGAGGAACAAGCUGGAGAUCUCUAGUCCUAUCCCAAUUAAGGUGCCGAGCAGCACAGAGCUCUCCCUGACAGACCUGCAGACUGAGCGCCAUCAUCACACCCUGGAGCAGGAUGUGGGGCAAGUGAGUGCAAGUACCUCUAGUGAAGAUAUGAAGGAAAAUGAACUGGAACCUCAUCGCACCUCUGUAAAGGAGAGAGCAGCUAAGUUUGGAGAGCUGGCCAAGUUGGGUUCAGGGAUAGGCCAAAUGCAUGUGUCUCAUCCUCAGAGGAGCAAAGAGGACAAUGCUUUGGUGGCUUCAGAUCUUUCUGGGCAGAACUGGACUACAUCAUCUUCAAACCUUCACCCCAACCCAAAAGGCCCCAGCAUGGUUCAGAUUCCUGAGAUGGUGGAGAAGACCUUUCCUGGUGCAAGCCUGCAGUUGCCCAUGCUUGUUGCUCCACCAAUACCAGAUCAAAGAGAACUUGAGCUACAGCGGCGCAACACCGGGGAUUUUGGCUUCUCUCUGCGCAGGACCACCCUGUUGGACAGGCAGCCAGAUGGAGGAGUGUGUCGGCGUGUGGUACACUUUGCUGAACCAGGUGCCGGUUCCAAGGACCGGGCUCUGGGCCUGGUGCCAGGAGACAGGCUGGUGGAAAUAAAUGGGAUCAAUGUGGAGAACAAGAACAGGGAUGAGAUCGUGGAGAUGAUUCGUCAGUCUGGAGAAUCGGUCCGGCUGAAGGUGCAGCCGAUUUUGGAGCUGAGUGAGUUGAACCGCAGCUGGCUGAGGACUACACAAGGCCUGCACAAAGAAGCCUUUGAAGGAAAGACUGAGGAGCAGAUUGUGGCAGAGAAAGCCUGGUAUGACACAGAAAAAGUAUGGCUUGUCCACAAGGAUGGAUUUUCUUUGGCAACUCUCCUGAAGACGGAGGUAGGCAGCCUGCCAGAGGGGAAGGUGAAAAUCCGCCUGGAGAGUGAUGGAUCUUUAUUGGAUGUGGACGAAGAUGAUGUAGAGAAGGCAAACCCUCCGAUGUUUGACCGAGUGGAGGACCUGGCCUCUCUGCAGUAUCUGAAUGAGUCGAGUGUAAUGCACUCCCUGCGUCAGCGGUACGGUGGUAACCUGGUGCACACCCAUGCUGGGCAAAACAUGGUGGUGAUUAACCCCAUUAGUACCCCCUCGAUGUACUCUGAGAAGGUUAUGCAAAUGUUCAAAGGCUGCAGAAGGGAGGACACUGCCCCUCACAUUUACAGCAUGGCUCAGGCUGCCUAUAGGAACCUCCUGACCACUCGCCAGGAUCAGUCCAUUGUCUUACUGGGCAAAAGUGGUAGUGGCAAGACCACCAACUGUCAACACAUCAUCCAGUAUCUGGCUACUACUGCUGGCAGCACCAACAAAACCUUCUCCACAGAGAAAUGGCAGGCAGUCUACACAGUUUUGGAGGCAUUUGGGAAUGCCUCUACCUGUAUGAAUGGGAAUGCUAGUCGCUUCUCCCAUAUUGUUUCAUUGGAUUUUGACCAGUCAGGUCUGGUGACCUCAGCCUCUAUCCAGACCAUGCUUCUGGAGAGGACGAGGGUGACAAGAAGACCAGAGGGAGAGUCCAGUUUUAAUGUCUUUUACUACCUGAUGGCUGGAGUAGAUAGCUCUCUUAGAACUGAGCUGCACCUCAACCACUUUGCUGAAAACAAUGCUUUUGGAAUCGUACCUCAGACCAAGACUGAAGAUAAGCAACGGGCCACCCAGCAGUUUUCCAAACUGCAAGCUGCCAUGAAGGUUCUGGGGAUCAGUGGUGAUGAGCAGAGGGCCUUUUGGCUUGUCCUUGGGGCCAUCUACCAUCUCGGAGCUGCAGGAGCUACUAAGGCUGGCAGGAAACAAUUUGCACGUCAUGAGUGGGCCCAGAAGGCAGCCUACCUGCUGGGCUGCACCCUGGAGGAGCUCUCCUCCUCCAUUUUCAAGCACCAGGCCAAGGGCACCCCACCCAGAGCCAGCACCAUCCGCCAGGCUUCUGAUGAAAAUGGCGCAGCGGAUGCAGGAUCCAAGGCUACAGCCAUGGAAUGUUUAGAGGCCAUGGCUUCUGGGCUUUAUUCGGAACUCUUUACCAUCCUCAUUUCCUUAAUAAAUCGGGCCUUGAAAUCCAGCCAGCACUCUCUGUGUUCUCUGUUCAUUGUGGACACACCAGGCUUUCAAAACCCCAGGCUGGCUAAACGCGAGUGUGGCGCAACCUUUGAGGACCUAUGCCAUAACUACACUCAGGAGCGUCUGCAGACUCUCUUCUACCAGCGCUCCUUUGUUCAGGAGUUGGAGAGAUACAAAGAUGAGAACAUUGAGGUUGCGUUAGAUGACACUGACCCCAGCACAUCUCUAUCUGUGGCAGUGGUAGACCAAGCUUCAAGCCAAGCGCUGGUACGGACAGUACGAACAGAUGAGGUGCGGGGUCUGUUGUGGCUGAUGGAGGAGGAGGCGCUGCAACCAGGGGGAUCAGAGGAAACACUGCUGGGACGACUCUUCAGCUACUAUGGACCCGCUGAGGGAGAGAGUAAAGGUCACACUUUCCUCUUGAAGAGUGAAAACGACAGUCAUUUCCUGCUGGGCCACAGUCAUGGGACUGACUGGGUGGAGUACGAUGCCCAUGGGUGGCUGAACUAUGCCAGGCAGAAUCCUGCCUCCACCAAUGCCGCAAGCCUCUUGCAGAACUCCCAAAAGAAGAUUAUCAGCUCAUUGUGCAUGAGCCGAGGGGGUGGAGCCACUCUUUUGUCCAGUCCCAUUGCAGGCCUUGAAGGUGGUUCCCAGCUGUCCUUGCGGCGGGCCAGUAGUAUUAGAAAGACCUUCACCACAGGCGUAGCUGCUAUCAAGAAGAGGUCUUUGUGCAUCCAGAUAAAGCUUCAAGUGGAUGCUCUCCUUGACAUGGUGCGGAGGUCCAGAAUUCACUUUGUUCACUGCAUAUUGCCCAAGGCAGAUGCCCUCAAGGCCCUGAGUGGAUCCCUGUUCAAAGGAGGGGAAGGCGAGUCUCAAGGGGAGAAUGGAGAUCCCGGCUUAAUGCAACUCGAUGUAGCCUUGCUCCGUGCUCAGCUGCGUGGCUCCAAGCUGCUCGAUGCUCUCCGGAUUUACAGGCAAGGUUACCCCGACCACAUGGUGUUCUCUGAGUUUCGACGACGCUUUGAUGUUCUGGCACCGCACCUCACUAAGAAGCACGGGAGGAAUUACAUAGUGAAGGACGAGAAGAGAGCUGUGGAGGAGCUUCUGGAGUCCUUGGAUUUGGAGAAGAGCAGCUACCACAUGGGUCUGAGCAGGUUGUUCUUCAGAGCUGGCACCUUGGCUAAACUUGAGGAACAGAGGGAUGAACAAACCAAACGUAAUCUAAUCCUGUUCCAAGCUGCCUGUAGAGGCUACCUAGCACGGCAAGCCUUCAAGAAGAGAAAGAUUCAGGAUCUAGCGAUCCGUUGCAUCCAGAAAAACAUCAAGAAGAACCGUGGUGUGAAGGACUGGCCGUGGUGGAAGCUCUUCACCACAGUCCAGCCCCUCAUUAAAGUGCAGCUUUCUGAGGAGCAGAUGCAAAGCAAAGACGAGGAGAUACAGCUGCAGAAAUCGAAGCUUGAGAGGUUGGAAAAGGAGCGAAAUGAGCUGAGACUGAACACAGAUCGAUUGGAGAGCAGGAUCGCAGAUUUGUUGGCAGAGCUAGCUGAUGAGAGAAGCACAAGUGAGUCAGCUUCCCAGUUGCUGGAGACUGAGACUUCAGAGAGACUCCGCCUGGAGAAGGACAUGAAGGAUUUACAGGCAAACUUUGACACCAUGAAGAAACAAUUAGAAUCACAGGAGAUGGAGGUGAUGGAAGCUCGGCUCAUGAAAACGUCAGAGCUCAACGGGGAGAUGGAUGAUGAUGAUGAUGGAGGUGAGUGGCGGAUAAAAUACAGCCGAGCCAUUCGUGAAAUGGACUUGACCAAAAAGAAACUCCAGCAGGAGUUUGAAGACAAGCUGGAGACAGAGCAGCAGAGCAAAAAACAUCUUGAGAGAAGGCUGGCUGAUUUGCAAACAGAUAAUGAGGAUGUGCAGCGCUCUGUACAGCAGCUGAAGAAGAAGUGCCAGAAACUGACAGCAGAGCUGCAGGACACCAAGCUCCACCUGGAGGGACUGCAGAGCCGCAACCACGAUCUGGAGAAGAAACAGAAGAAAUUUGACCUGGAGCAGAACCAGGCUCAGACUGAGGUACAAAGAGAGAGGAGCCAGAGGGAGAAGCUAGCUCGAGAGAAAGACAUAAUGACUGGUGAGAUCUUUAACCUUCGCCAGCAGCUGCAGGACAAGGAGAGUGAAUUUUCCACUACGAACGUGAAGGUGCAGCAGCUGGAGGCGGAGCUACAGGAUCUGUCCUCUCAGGAGUCUAAAGAUGAAGCCUCACUGGCGAAGGUCAAGAAGCAGCUUCGUGACCUUGAGGCCAAGGUGAAAGACCAGGAGGAGGAGCUGGAUGAACAGGCUGGAACCAUCCAGAUACUGGAACAGACUAAGCUACGGCUGGAGAUGGAAAUGGAGAAGCAGCGGCAGACUCACUCAAAAGAUAUUGAGAGUAAGGAUGAAGAAGUAGAGGAAAUCAGGCGGUCCUGCAGUAAGAAGCUGAAACAGAUGGAGGUACAGCUGGAGGAGGAGUAUGAAGACAAGCAGAAAGUGUUGCGCGAGAGAAGAGAGCUGGAGUCCAGACUGCUGAAAACCCAGGACCAGGUGAGCCAGAAGGAUGUGGAGACAGAGAAGAGGCUCAAGAAAGACUUGAAGAGAACCAAAGUCCUUCUGGCUGAUGCACAGAUUAUGCUGGACCACCUGAAAAGUAACGCCCCCAGCAAGAGGGAGAUUGCCCAGCUCAAAAAUCAAUUGGAGGAGUCAGAGUUCACUUCCGCAGCAGCAGUAAAGGCUCGAAAGAGCAUGGAGUUGGAAAUAGAGGACUUGCAUAUCCAAAUGGAGGAUGUGGUCAAAGCUAAGAUGGCGCUGGAGGAGCAGAUUAGCCGUCUGCAGAGAGAGAAGAAUGACCUGCAGUCUCGCAUGGAGGAAGAUCAGGAAGACAUGAAUGAACUGAUGAAGAAACAUAAGGCUGCAGUUUCCCAGUCUGCCCGGGACUUGAGCCAGAUCAGUGACCUGCAGGCCCAGUUGGAAGAAGCCACAAAGGAGAAGCAGGAGCUCCAAGAAAAGCUUCAUUCGCUGCAGAGCCAGCUAGAGUUCCAAGAACAGUCUAUGGUGGAAAAGUCUCUGGUGAGCCGUCAGGAGGCCAGGAUCCGUGAGCUGGAGACGAAGCUGGAGUAUGAGAGGACACAGAUCAAACGCUUGGAGACCCUGGUGGCUCGUCUGAAGGAAAACCUCGAGAAGAUGACCGAGGAGAGAAACCAGCACAUUGCUGCAGAAAACAGGGAGAAAGACCAGAAUAAGCGAAUGCAGAGGCAGAUAAGGGACAUGAAGGAAGAAAUGACAGAGCUGUCCAAGAAGGAGGGUGAGGCAACCCGGAAGAAGCAUGACUUGGAAAUGGACAUUGAGAGCCUAGAGGCGGCAAAUCAGAGCUUACAAGUGGACCUUAAGCUGGCCUUCAAGAGAAUAGGUGACUUGCAGGCUGCCAUUGAGGACGAGAUGGAGAGCGAUGACAAUGAUGACUUAAUCAACAGUUUGCAAGACGUGGUGACAAAAUAUCAGAAAAGAAAGAACAAAACUGGAGAUGAGGCAGAAACCGACUCAGAGGUGGAGGACCGUGUGGAUGGAGUUAAGUCUUGGCUCUCAAAAAAUAAAGGAUCCACCAAGACUUUGUCAGAUGAGGGAAGCCUGAAGAGCACCAGCCCUCCUGUGUACCGGAGACACCUGAGUGUUGGCAAGUCUGAUGAAGAGGAUGAGGUGGACAGAGACUCCAGCAAGCAUUCGCCGAGGCAGAGUGACAACGAAGGCACACUGGGAGAGAGAGCAUCAUAAGCCAAACUCAGGUCACCUCGUGCUUUCAUAGACUCUAAACACACAGGAGGGACGUGAUUAUUUCCUCCCCACUUUACAGCCACUGCACAGCCAGCAAGAGAGGCCAGCUGCUUGCAGAGGCAAGGACAGAGUAAAGGCAUAGUGUUUUCAAACAGGCUGCAUGGCCAUUUUUGUUACAGUUUCCUUGUUAUGGCAUAGCCAUCAUGAAAUCCUGUUGAAUCUUUGGUUAAAGUGUGUUUUUCUUUUUUUUUAACACAACAUAUUGAAUUAGGCAGUCGGCAUAAAACAGUAAAGUUGAGUGCUAUCAGUACAACGUCUGUCACUGCUUUAUUUAUAAGAGCUGCUUUUCAGGCAAAUUAAAGCACCCCUCAGCAUUCUCCUCUGACUUUUCAGAUAGCUCUGCCAAGAGGAUUUAGAUAAACCCACUCAGGCUGGAUGUCUUCAAAAUGGUCUCACAAACUAUUAAGACUGUUCUUAUCGCUUCCCCAUUAAUGUGGACGAGCACAUUGGGAGGAAUUAACCCGUUUUCAAUUAAUUAGCUUGCUGUAAGUUUACAUGUGGCUCUUGUUCCAAGCCGAGAUAUCCAUUGUUUGAACAAAGUGAUGCUAAGUCAUGAUUGCUGAUAUCAAAGUAAAAUAAUUUUGGAAAAUAUGGACCCAUUUGAACCAAGCUGUUAGAUGUUUUAAGGAUGGCAUUCUUUAUACUUUUUGAAAUAUUGAGAAACAGAGUUAAAGAAAAAUCUGAUCUAAAUGUGUGUGUAUAUAUAUAGUAGACAUAGAUCUGUAAUAUUAUAUAUGGAAUCAAAGCCUUUACAUAACCAUGAAAUUCCAAUGAAAAGAGUUUCUAAAGCUAGCAGGAGAAGUAUUUAUUAGGAUAAGGUUGUCAUGUUCCUGAUUUAUUCUUGUGUUUAAGUGGAGUACAUGCUAGAAUUGGCUUUUGCAGCUCAGAGAUCAUUUGUUCACGUUUGUCAUGUUUCUUGAGGUUCAAAGGGAAUGUAUUUGUUUGCUGUUAUAAAGGAGCUUCUUUUUUUUUUUAGACCAUGUAAAUGCAGAAGUGUCUGGUGUAUUCUCGAUUUAGAUGCACAAACACUAGAAUUCUGUUGUACAUAAUGAACUAAAGCUUCUUUUAUUGGUAAAUCCUGUGGAGUAAUAUUCCAUUUUCAGAUAUACAGUAUAACAAAGUCCAUUUUGAUGCUUCAGUUGCAGAGUUACUUGUGUUUUCAGUGCAGAUCGUCUUGAAUUGAAGUUUUUUUUUUUUUUUUAAUUGGCUACACUGGUUCAAGCAGUAAAAUAAUAUUCAGCACACAAGCUGCCAAAACUAAUACAGUGAGAUGUUAGACUGAUCAUUGUUUGCAUGUGAGCAAGCUGCAUUUGGAUGUUAGGAAGUUUGUUCAUGGCCACCAAUAAGCAGCCUUCAAAAUCCUGCUGUUAUCCUGAGACUUUUUUUUUUUUAACUCAGAAUACAAAUCUUAUAGACUUGUCAGAGGAUCGUGUGAAGAUUGAAACUUGCCUUUAAAGCAGUACAUUUUGGGAGUGUUUUCUGUAUCAGGGUCUUACUCAUUUAGCCACUCAUAUACUUUAUAUUAGCCGAUAGAAUACUGCCAUAAAUACACCUUUAAUUAAAGCCAGUCUUCUCUUGUAAUUUAGUACAUUUAGGUGAUCAGCUCAGAAGUGACAAAAAUAGGAUUUAAACAUGAUACUGUCCAGACAUAAAACUCUCUUGGACAUUUCUAUAUUUGGCCUUACAGAAUGAUAAUGAUGUACCUGAUGAUUGUGACCAUAUGAACUUUAAAAUCUAUUUAAAUUAUGACUAGGUAGAUUUCAAUAAGGAAGCAUAUAUGCAUGUGUAUAUGGAAUAUCUGCUCAUGUGCAAAGAAAAGCUUGGCUUGCUAUUUGCUUGUUUUCUCAAAAGACACUAAUCUGCAUUUUAUGUCUUAUUUUCUGUUGUUUUUGUUUUUUCUUCAGAUAUAUAUUAAUGUGGGAGACGGGAAACUGAUUUCAGUGGUUCAGAAUAAACUUGU